GAGCCAAUACUGAAAUAUCGUGCGCAGAAAAUUGUUCCGACAGUUGCGCCCCUAUUUUUCCGAUCCAGCGCUGCCAUGGAUUUCCGCAUCUCCGGCGGCUCUCCUUCUUCCUCUUCCACCUCAUCUACUGAUCCUCACAACUCCUCAACUUCUCACCACCAUCAGAAUGGCGGCGCCGACAGUGGCCGCAACAAUAGCAGCGAUCCAAUGCACUCAUGGUGGGAGUCCAUAUCCAAAGCUCGUUCUCGCAUCCACCUUCUCUCUAAUAUUCUCCCCUUCGACGACUGCGCCGCCGUCGCGCCGCUCACUGUGCUCGCCGACUCCGAUCGCCCCGCUCGCUCUCUGCUUCUCUCGCAGCCGGCUUACUCCGCUGUCUCUACUUCGCUCUCGGUGCCGUCUGCCGGCUCCGGCGAAGAUCCGUUGUGUCACUGGCUGUACGAUACUUUCCUCAGCGGCGAUACCGAUCUCCGCCUUGUUGUUCUCUCGUUCAUUCCUCUCCUCUGCUCUCUCUACCUCUCCCGCAUCCACUCGUCUUCCUCCACCUCCACGCCGUCUCUCUCGGGUUUCGAAGCUGUUCUUCUCGCUCUCUACUCUGCUGAAACUAAAGCUAGAGGCGGGAAGCCGAUUCUCAUUUCGAUACCCGAUCUAUCUCAGCCGUCACUUUAUCACGCUCCGAGAAAUCCAAUUCCAAGUAAACCGAGCGCUGGUUCUUCGGUCAAUCAGUCUCGGCCGUCUGUGGGAGUUUUAUCUCCUCCUCUCGAGCCCCAGGUCGCCGUGAAGUCAACGAAACGGGCCUCAAUUGUUGGCGUUGCUCUGGAGUGUUACUACAAACAGAUCUCCCAAAUGCCUAGUUGGUCCAAGGUUGACUUCUGUAGAUUCGCGGCCGAUUGGGCUGGACAGGACUGCCCUUGUGUAUCGGAGUUGGAUGAAAGUUAUGAGAGAUCAGAAAAUUUUAGUAACGGUUUUUCGGAUAAUUCUAGGGCUAUUGAGAUUGAGGAUGUUUCACAAGAAUUGAGCAAAUUGGAGAUUGAAGAGAGCUCAGAGGAUUCUAAGCCCAAAGGGGUGAGAAUUCCACUGCCUUGGGAGCUAUUGCAGCCUGUGCUGAGAAUCAUAGGGCAUUGCUUGUUGGGUCCUUUGAAUGCAGAAGAUGUGAAGAAUGCAGCCUCAGUUGCGGUGAAGCGUCUGUAUGCCAGGGCUCAACAUGACUUGGUUCCACAGGCGAUUUUGGCAACCAGAAGUUUGGUUCAGCUAGAUAGGAGAGCUCGAGAGGCUGCCAAGGUGGCUGCUGCAACAAAUGCUACAUCAAAUGCUAACACACCCAGUAAAGCUAAAAAGCCAGAGAUUCUUCUGGUUUCAAAAUGAAUAUCCAUUAUGUGAGGAUUUAAUUUGUUUUUAUGGUUUUGAAUGUGGGAUUAAAUGUUGGUUUGUGUAGGCUAGAUUCAUUGAAGACUUAGAGUAAGCUAUUCAUGUAUUUAUAUGUUGGACUCCUCAAAUGAAUUACAAUGUAGAAGUGCCUAUCAGUUUGCUUUGUCA